AUGAACGGCAGUCAACAAGCCCAAGAACCGGCAGCGCAACAGCCUCUACAGCCGCCAGCUGUGGAUGCCGAUGCGGGUGCCGGUGCCGGUGUUGGUGCGAACGGUAACUCGAUGACGGCCAAGAAGCGCAAGAAGGACGGUCUGAAGCCCAUCAUCACCACCGAGACACCUCCACCAGUUUUGGCUUGCAAAGUCCAGCAGCAGCAAGUCCAGUCCGAGUCCAGCCCAGUAAGCAGACACAGUGAGAGACCAGUCAGUGCCCAGCACCGCGCCACGCAGCUUGUCUCAGCAGAGAGAUGCGACCGCGCUCGAAGGGACUACGUCAUGGCCGCCGCGAAGGAGAAUAGGAGAAACCCCGCCAAGACGAUUUGUCUAUUCGACAACGACAAGACGGAAAAGAUGAACAGACAAGAUGGCUGGGGACGAUGCUGCGGGAUCGAUACCCGAUGGGCCUCAGUCGCUUGGAUGGGGUGCACCACGGCCGUUACACAGGGAAGCCAUUGGCCAGAGAUGGGCAUUUUUCUGGCUUGCAAAACAUGGGCCAGGAGGACCAGGGCCGCUCGCACUCCCACCCAAUUUACGGGUCACCCGCUGUCGCCGUUGCCAGCAACAUCCACCACUGGCACCGCCGAGACUGCAGCUUCGCAUUUGCUGGGCCCGCAAUGCGCAGCACGUUGA